GUGGUGCGGGGUGGGGCCUGGACGAGUCACGGGGGUUAGGUGCGCGCUCAGUGCGGCUGCGCCGGCCGGUAGCUGCAGCUGGAGCAGUGGCGUUUGGAGGAGACUCGAAACUGGAUGGCUUCUACAGGGAGCCAGGCCUCUGAUAUAGACGAGAUUUUUGGAUUCUUCAGUGAUGGCGCACCCCCCACCAAAAAGCCCAGGAAGCUGCUUCCAAGCUUAAAAACUAAGAAGCCUCGAGAACUUGUGCUAGUGAUUGGAACAGGCAUUAGUGCUGCAGUUGCGCCUCAAGUUCCAGCCCUCAAAUCCUGGAAGGGGUUAAUUCAGGCUUUACUGGAUGCUGCCAUUGAUUUUGAUCUGUUAGAAGAUGAGGAGAGCAAAAAGUUUCAGAAAUGUCUCCAUGAAGACAAGAACCUUGUCCAUGUUGCCCAUGACCUCAUCCAGAAGCUCUCUCCUCGUACCAGUAAUGUUCGAUCCACAUUUUUCAAGGACUGUUUAUAUGAAGUAUUUGAUGACUUGGAGUCAAAGAUGGAAGAUUCUGGAAAACAGUUACUUCAGUCAGUUCUCCACCUGAUGGAAAAUGGAGCCCUCGUAUUAACUACAAAUUUUGAUAAUCUCCUGGAACUGUAUGCAGCAGAUCAGGGGAAACAGCUUGAAUCCCUUGACCUUACUGAUGAGAAAAAGGUCCUAGAGUGGGCUCAGGAGAAGCGGAAGCUGAGCGUGUUGCAUAUUCAUGGAGUCUACACCAACCCUAGUGGCAUUGUCCUUCAUCCAGCUGGAUAUCAGAAUGUGCUCAGGAACACUGAAGUCAUGAGAGAGAUUCAGAAACUUUACGAAAACAAGUCAUUUCUCUUCCUGGGCUGUGGCUGGACUGUGGAUGACACCACUUUCCAGGCCCUUUUCCUGGAGGCUGUCAAGCAUAAAUCUGACCUAGAACAUUUCAUGCUGGUUCGGAGAGGAGACGUAGAUGAGUUCAAAAAGCUUCGAGAAAACAUGCUGGACAAGGGGAUUAAAGUCAUCUCCUAUGGAAAUGACUAUGCCGAUCUUCCAGAAUAUUUCAAGCGACUGACAUGUGAGAUCUCCACAAGGGGUAGAUCAGGCUGUAGUACAUGAGCGAGCUAGAGAAAUCACCACCGUUAGACCAAGCUGUAAGGCCCUACCACGGACAGUGUUUAACAAAUAAACUUACAAGAACCCAACACAACUCCCAGAAAGUAACAAUAGUCAGAGGUUGAAGGGCGGGGUAGAAGAGGGGGGAAUGUUCCAGCGUAAUCCUUCAUACCACCUGGUUCUUGAUAUUCUGCUGCCUGUUCAAGAAUAAAAGUGACAGCAGGACCCAAAUGCAGCUCCCGACCCACUCCCCAGGCUGGACAUGCUUGUGUCCGCACAGCACACCAAUGUGAUACCUCCACUGACUGGCUGCAGCUCUGCAUGGACUCGGGGUCUAGAUGCCAUGGAAUCACUGUGGCUCUUGUUGCAGUUUUGUACUCUAUACUUGGUUUUUCAAUUAAGCUUAAUGGCUUUUUUAAAACAUGACUUGAAGCUCUAGUUUUCUAGAUCUUUUACAGUGUACAGUAUUUUACAUAACUGAGCUGUAUUAAAAGCUUGUUCAUUUACUUGCCAGGACCCUGGCUCUACUUUGAGAGUCAUUGUAGAAGACUCUAACUUGCAUCACGGUACUAACUAAUAAGCUUAAUUUUACUAACCCCAAUUUUAAAGGUUCUGACAUCUUUCACCUUGGGGUGAUCUCAUUCUUAGGACAACCGUUUACUUACCUGAUUCCUUGGAGUAAACUUCUGCUCUGUUGUCCUCACCAUAUAUAAGCCCUAGAACUAUAGUUAGUGUGUUGUGGAAUUUUAGUUUUGAAUCCUGUAUAAAAGAACUCCAAGACCU